CAGCAAGAGAAUAAAUGAAAUAAGUUACACAGAUGACAAAGUGAUCCUUGCUGAAACAGAAGCGCAGAUGCAGAAAAUGAUCAACCAAAUCAACAGUGCUGGAUUAAAAUAUGAAAUGAAAAUAAACGCAGGAGAGACCAAGGUGAUGAGAUUUACAAAAGGAGAUGCCAAAGAGGUCAAAAUCAAUAUUGGAAGCCAAGAAAUUGAAAAUGUAAAUUAAUUCAGAUACCUUGGAGCGCUGAUAAAUAAUGAUGGUAGAGAUCAUAAAGAAAUUAAAUCACGGAUUGGAAUGGCAAAAAGCGCCUUUAAUAACCUAGCCAAUGUGCUGGGAAAUUGAUGGAUGAGUCUAGCUCUGAGAAAGAGAAUUAUCCAAUGCUACAUAUGGACAGUUCUGAACUUCUGAAGUAUUCUUGCAAAACAUGGACCAUGAGCGCAGAAUGCGAAAAGAAAAUAUCUGCUUUUGAGGUGUGGUGCUAUCGAAGGCUACUACGGAUCUCAUGGAAGGACUUCAUUACCAACCAGGAAGUACUGCAAGAAUAGGAGAGGAUUCAGUCAACUAAGCCUGUUGAGAUUAGGAUAGGCUUGAAGUAAAUUUUAGCUUUAUUGAGCAAAAUUUUGUGGAAAUUUGUGUAAAUUCGUCAAUUUCCACCAAAAAGUUGAAAAACAGAAUUUCUCCCAUGUAGGUAGGUAUGUACCUGACCAAAAAUUUUGAAAUGAAAAUUCUGAAAAAAAAAACAGUUGAAUGUACCUUACCUACUUAGUGCUAUGAAGUCAUAAAUAAGAAUUAAGGAGUUUCCAAUUCUGCGGCAAUGUGGUUUUGAAUGAUUUGUGUUUCUACAUAAAGUCUCAUAAUAAAUGAUUUCUCAUUGUUUCUUUUGAUUCGUUUAUUUUAACUGAACAUAUUGUUUUUUCUAUCGAGUAUAUUGUGUUCUGUUCAGUAUGUAGGUAUGUUGUAAUUUUUUCUUUGUUAAAAUGUUAGUUUUUUUGCUCUUGUUUAAUUUAUGUAAUUUACCUAUUAAAAAUAUUGAACUACGGAAAAAGUUAAAUAGGCUACUUCAUUCUACAAUUGGAAUUAUUGACACUCCUCAAUAGCAAAAAUCAUAUACGUAGGUAGGUGGGUAACUAGAUUCAGAUUUCCUAAAAAAAGAAAAACAGUGAUAGCUUAAGCAUGAGUAAUUACAGUUUUGUUUCAAUUUUUGCAUUUAUUUUGGUGUUUUAUGUUUCAACAGGAAUCGUUCUAGAACGACUAUGUUACAAGUGUAAACAUCUUCCUCACAGACCAGAUCCAAACUGUGUAAAUGUAAAUGAAGAAACCCCUAAAGAAAUAUUUUCCAAGAUGGAUGGAGAAUAUGGCUGGCCAGGAUGCUCAUUCAUUAUGAAACCAGAGGAAGGUGGUGGAAUAUCUGUAGAACGAAAGGGGGUUCUUGUACCUACACCCCUACCAUCGGAGUCUUAUUGUCCGGAAGGAUUUUUUUUCUCAGAUCAUUUUCCAAAUGGACAAUGCAAAACUUGUUACACAUAUCUCUGCAAUUCAAUGUCAGGUGGUCCAUCACCUCCAACCACAUCACUUCCAACCACAUCAUCAUCAUCUCCAACCACAUCAUCAUCAUCUCCAACCACAUCAUCAUCCCCAACUACAUCAUCACCUCCAACCACAUCAUCAUCUCCAACCACAUCAUCACCUCCAACCACAUCAUCAUCUCCAACCACAUCAUCAUCCCCAACUACAUCAUCAUCUCCAACCACAUCAUCAUCCCCAACUACAUCAUCACCUCCAACCACAUCAUCACCUCCAACCACAUCAUCGCCUCCAACCACAUCAUCACUUCCAACUACAUCAUCACUUCCAACCACUUCAUCAUCUCCAACCACAUCAUCACCUCCAACCACAUCAUCACCUCCAACCACAUCAUCACCUCCAACCACAUCAUCACUUCCAACUACAUCAUCAUCUCCAACCACAUCAUCAUCAUCUCCAACCACAUCAUCAUCCCCAACUACAUCAUCACCUCCAACCACAUCAUCAUCUCCAACCACAUCAUCACCUCCAACCACAUCAUCGCCUCCAACCACAUCAUCACCUCCAACCACAUCAUCAUCUCCAACUACAUCAUCAUGUGACUGUGACUGGUGAACUUUGGGGAAGGAUUGUGUAAAAACUAUCGGAUGGAUUUUCGUGUGGUUGGUUUAUUUUAUACUCAUUUUACACAUAAAAAAUUAUAACAACUUUGACUAUUCAGUAUUCACUAUAUUUAUAGUAAAAAAUAUAACAAUCCUAAACCAAGGUUCUCUUUCUAUCAGUUUACAGUAGGUACAAAUUAUGACCAGUGUUUUGUAAUAACCAUA